AUGGCGAGCACAAUGACUAUUGGGUUGGAUACCCGAGUGACAACGAUUUUAGACGCUUCUCGAGCCCCUGCAUCACUGCUGCGGCCAGGAAACGGCGCCGGUGUCUUAGCCCACCUUGAAGCUCUCUUGCUUAACUUCGCUACCCUUGGUGAUCUUGCUAACAUGAUCAACGUCAAUAUGAGUCCUCUGGAGUCUCAUCGUUCGCAUUUUCGAGCCCACGUUAUUGAAAACCAGUUGAACGGAAAUUCAACACCUUCUGCGGAGGACUUACUUUCGGCCUCUGUUCGUCUAGCCGCCCUCAUAUCUUCAAUUUCUUCUGUGAUAUGUGCUGCUGGUGGAGAGCUAGAACGCGACUGGAAUGGAAGAAGGAUGAAUAUAUCUGCCACCAUUCAUAACGUUGAAGUCGCAACUAUACAGCAGCUGCUCAGGGCAUUAUUGGACAGGAGUAUCUCAGACGCUGAGUUCAGCCAUCGCAUACAGAAUGCUUUACGAGAUUAUGUUCGCCAUCUUGUUGCUCUUGGAAAUCACUCAUUUGUUAGCGCAGAUCAGACAGCAUAUGUAAGGAUUGUCUAUGAAGUCUUGAUGCGCGCUGAUAGAAGCGUUGGGAAUGUUGAUGCGAAUUUAACAAGACUACUUCACUUGAGAAAUUGCAUACUGCCACGUGUUGCAGCUCUGUUACGAGAUCAAGGGCGUUUUCCCAAUCUGGACGAAAUUCCGUCUCGGCUUCUUGUUUGGAGUGUAGUGGACGACGAUCAACGUCGAGAGGACUCAACUGGUGCAGACAAGGCCGACAUCGUCACGAGACAAUCCACCAUGCAAUGGUACUAUGGAGCAUUGUGA